CCGACGCUCGUGCCUCCGCGCGCAGCACCGCUCCGACGCCGUCGGCCGUGUGCGAUGCGCUGAAGAUCCCCCGCGAUCGGGCGCUGCCGCUGCUGCUACUGUUAUUGUUAUUGUUAUUGCUGCGCGGGACUGUCACGCUCCCGACAUGACACUGGCGCCGAGUCCGCUACUACUGGGACGCGCGGCGCGCCCCCUGUGCGCGAUCGCUGCGCUGUGGGCGCUGCUACGCGGCUGCGGAGCCCAGGACGGCGGCUUGGAGAACAUCGUGACGGAGAAGAAGGCGGAGGAGAGCCACCGGCGGGACAGCGCCGACCUGCUCGUCUUCAUCUCCCUGCUCACCCUCACCAUCCUCACCAUCUGGCUCUUCAAACACCGGCGCGCGCGCUUCCUGCACGAGACCGGCCUGGCCAUGAUCUACGGCCUUCUGGUGGGCGUGAUCCUGCGCUACGGCGUGCACAUCCCCCGCGACAUCAGCAACGUGACGCUGAGCUGUCAAGUGAACUCCAGCCCGGGGACGCUGCUGGUCAACGUCAGCGGCCGCUACUACGAGUACACGCUGAAGGGCGAGAUCAGCGCCAGCGAGGUGCACGAGGUGCGGGACAAUGAGAUGCUCCGCAAGGUGACUUUUGAUCCGGAGCUGUUCUUUAACAUCCUGCUGCCUCCCAUCAUCUUCCACGCUGGUUACAGCCUGAAGAGGAGACACUUUUUCAGGAACAUCGGCUCCAUCCUGGCCUAUGCCUUUCUGGGGACGGUCAUCUCCUGCUUCGUCAUCGGGCUGCUGAUGUACGGCUUCGUGAUGCUCAUGCAACAAGUGGGACAGCUGGACGGGGACUUCUUCUUCACCGACUGCCUCUUCUUUGGCGCCAUCGUCUCAGCCACGGAUCCAGUGACGGUCCUGGCCAUAUUUACCGAGCUGCAGGUGGACGUGGAUCUCUACGCCUUGCUGUUUGGAGAGAGCGUGCUGAACGACGCUGUCGCUGUCGUGCUGUCGUCGUCCAUCGUCGCCUACCAGCCCACAGGGGACAACAGCCACACGUUCGAGGGCAUGGCUGUGCUCAAGUCCUUCGGCAUGUUCCUGGGUGUUUUCAGUGGGUCCUUUGCCCUCGGAGUGGCCACCGGCAUCGUGACCGCCCUCGUCACCAAAUUUACAAAACUGCGGGACUUCCCGCUCCUCGAGACGGCGCUCUUCUUCCUCAUGUCGUGGAGCACCUUCCUGCUGGCCGAGGCCUGCGGCUUUACAGGAGUCGUGGCGGUGUUGUUCGGUGGAAUGACCCAGGCCCACUACACCUACAACAACUUGUCUCCAGAGUCUAAGGACCGGACCAAGCAGCUAUUUGAACUGCUCAACUUCCUGGCGGAGAACUUCAUCUUCUCCUACAUGGGCUUAACGCUCUUCACCUUCCAGAAUCACGUGUUCAAUCCCACGUUCAUCGUCGGGGCAUUUCUGGCCGUGUUCCUGGGCCGAGCGGCUAACAUCUACCCUUUGUCCCUCCUGCUCAACCUGGGACGCAGAAACCAGAUCAGAAGCAACUUCCAGCACAUGAUGAUGUUUGCAGGGUUACGAGGGGCCAUGACCUUUGCCCUUUCAAUCCGCGACACAGCCACUUACGCGCGGCAGAUGAUGUUCUCCACAACGCUGCUCGUCGUCUUCUUGACGGUGUGGCUCUGCGGUGGCGGAACCAUGCCCAUGCUGUCUUUCCUGCGCAUCCGCGUCGGGGUGGAUUCAGACCAGGACUCGGUGACGGCUGUGGAUGGCACGGAGCGAAGGACUACGAAACAGGAGAGCGCGUGGCUGUUCCGGCACUGGUACAACUUCGAUUCCAAUUACCUGAAGCCCAUCCUGACCCACAGCGGCCCCCCUCUGACAACCACCCUCCCUAGCUGGUGUGGACCCCUGGCCCGAUGUCUCACCAGCCCCCAGGCCUAUGAGAAUGAGGGCCAGUUGCAGGAUGAUGACUGGGACAUGAUGGCAGAUGGCAACGGCAGCCUGGCGUACGGCGAUGUGACGGUGAGCGCCGACGAGGCGGGGAUCCACACGGUCUCCGCGGCGCACGCUCGCCACCCUGCCGGGAGCCCGGCGGGGCUGCUGGACGGCGACACGCUCACUCGAGGGACCCAGCUGGUCAUGCCCGUGGGCGACUCCGAGCCCACGUUGGUGCUGUCCCCGCCAGGGCACAGAGAACCCCACCGCCACAGAGAGUGAGACUCUCAAAGGGCCGAGCAAGAGGCCUUUACCCCCACCCCCAAUUCCCGCUCCUCCGCCCUUCUCCGUCCAGCACCUCUCACGCUUUCUCUUCUCUAAUUUCUGAUCUUUACCUUUCUUUUUCUACCUCACUCUUAUUUCACCUGUAUUAUUUAUUCUUUUUACAAGAAUAUCGAUUCUCGGGGGUCGUGGUAGUACAGCUGGUUUGGCCGGGUCCUGCUCUCUGAUGGGUCCGGGGUUCAAGAGCUGCUCGGGGUGCAUUGCGAAGGACUGGCGUCCUGUCCUGGGUGUGUCCCCUCCCCCUCCAGCCUUGCGCCUUGUGUUGCUAGACUAGGCUCUGGCUCGCCGCGACCCCGCUCGGAACAAGCGGUUUCAGACGGUGUGUGUAUGUGUGUGAGAAAAUAUCAAUUCUGGUCCAGACUUUGUAGCAGUAGGCCGUCGACGCAACGCCGUGAGUCGCUGCAAGAAGCUUCGGCACUCGAGAUGCGCGUGUAGAUGAGGGGAGGCUGCUCCAGCUGCACGCGGUGUCUUUCUGUGUGAGCGGCGGUUCACGGAGGGACGUCUUCCUUUCCGCACGUCUCGUACGGCCACGCCGGCGGAGCGAGCCGCCCUGUUCGCAGACAUCGAGUGGUUCUGCUUGCUCUACGCUUUAGAGUUAGAAAUGCAUGACGAACACAUUGCUGAUCCAGAAAGUACAGUUACAUUCCCCAAUAGCCAUCCUGCAUGUGUUUUUCCAGCCUCUCUGCUUGUAGGUUAGUCGUGCGGCUGCGGAUGAGUCAACCGUCGGGCGUCCACUCGGUUGAACGCCUUCAGCCGGAACCCGAAACCGAGUACUGCGUAAUAGCAGCAUCAUCUUGAAAACAAACACCUCGUUUGACCAAUGGUACCAUUUUACCGCGCUUAUGUUUUUCUGAGAAACAAAUUCCCCCAGCCUCAAAAAUACUUUUUUGAAUUUAGCUCUGAGGGAAUCUCGAAACUGUGAGUUAGAAUUGUCAGUAAGAUCGCUUUCAUCUCAGUAUCCACGAAUGUGUAUUUUACCAAUGGAUAAUACUUAAACUGCUAAUUAUUCUGCAAGUUAUACGUUUAAUGUGAGACUGCAAAAGGGUAAUGUGAGCAAGACACGGGAGACACAAUGACGGCACCGUGAAGGACAAUGGAGACACGGGGACACCAUAGUGAGGGCAUUGAAGAUAACAGCCCUGAAGACAUAAUGUUAGCACUGUGAAGGACAACGAAGACCGUGGAAUCACCCUAAUGGACAUUGCACCCACGUAUUUCGGAACCACAAUGGCAGACAUGGUGGCUCAAGUGUUCUCCACAGUGCUGAGUUCUGCUCAUUUAAAGCAUGAAACUGUACCUAAUGGAAUCAAGAGACAAACGGGUCCGAGUGAGGAUCAGGUCUGCAUCUUUGCCAGAUACGAGGUGAAGGAACCAUCCGCAUCCCUGGCAGCGGUACGUCGGCGCGGUACGAUUUUGCCCCUACUUGCAUCACGUAUGCUGCUUUACCUCCUGCUGUGCAGGAAUUUAGCGUGUUUAUCAUUUCUUUUGGGUUGUUUUUUCGUGAUGUCAAACAAGAUUUUCUUACCUUCUUUGUAUGUCUUGUGAGUCGGCAGUUGUCCGGUUUUGCUCGGAGCCGGUUUUGGUGUUCGUGGUUCCCGUGGCGAUAUGAAAUGUUGGCAUGCCAAGAUUUCCUGGUUCUGUCACGCGAUCUGCAAAUGAGGGAAACGGUCAAAAAAAAUGGCGGGCUGUAUCUCGUCCUGGAGCGCCCUCCUUCAUGGUCGUGAGUUGGCCACGGGUUUGCCGAUCCAGGACUGAGCCACACCGCCUUGGCCUUCUGACCCCUGAUAGGGCUGGGACGAACUGUUGGCUUCCAUCCAGUUCAUACGUCCUUCACCCUUUGCACAGAUGCAAUACUUUAGCGGGGAACUAAAAACUACACCACGCUCUCCUUAACGGUCAGGAACACCAUCACAAGGGAACUCCCAUCACUUGACGUCAGCCAACCGACUGCCGGGUUCACAGGACAGUGAACCCAGACAGCGAUGAACCCAAAUGGACACCAGGAGCUCGUGUGCAUGUUGCCAGGUGGUCUGAAGGACAGGUCAGCUAAGGUCAACAAGUGAGACUAUUUUCAUUAUUUCUUUUAAUACUCAUUAACAGCGAUUAACUCGCACAGCCAGAGAAACACAAAGGCUCCGAUCGCAGAGUGUUUAACCGCUGUGUUGCCGUGUGCAUCGGCUUGUAUGCUCUCCAGUGAUGCAGUCAUCGCUUCUCUUUGCAUCAUGUGGAACUUUGCCUGUGUACACUGAGCUGUCAAUAAACCAGUCUUGUGCGUAUUUGGGUAAAAAAAAAAAAAAAAAA